GAGAAAAAUGGCGCGUACUAAGCAGACUGCUCGUAAAUCGACGGGAGGCAAGGCUCCUCGCAAACAGUUGGCAACUAAGGCAGCACGUAAAAGUGCUCCAGCAACCGGUGGUGUGAAGAAACCUCAUCGCUAUCGUCCCGGUACAGUUGCACUGCGUGAAAUUCGUCGCUACCAGAAGAGCACAGAGUUGCUUAUCCGCAAGCUGCCGUUCCAGCGUUUAGUACGCGAAAUUGCUCAGGACUUCAAGACCGAUUUACGUUUCCAGAGUUCGGCUGUGAUGGCUCUGCAAGAAGCUAGCGAAGCCUACCUGGUUGGCCUAUUUGAAGACACGAACUUGUGUGCUAUCCAUGCUAAGCGUGUCACCAUCAUGCCCAAAGAUAUCCAACUGGCCAGACGCAUUCGUGGCGAACCAGUUGCCACAAUCGCCUCUCCCGUGACUGCCACACCAGCUGCAGCCGAGAAGAAGGUGGCCACCAAGAAGGCAGCAUCAGGAUUGAAGGCAAAGAGGACAACAGCUGGAGCAUCACACCCGCCAACUCAGCAAAUGGUAGAUGCUUCGAUAAAAAACUUGAAGGAGCGUGGUGGCUCAUCGCUUCUGGCAAUUAAGAAAUACAUUAGUGCCACCUACAAGUGCGAUGCCCAGAAAUUAGCACCGUUCAUUAAGAAGUACUUGAGGACUGCAGUUGCAAGUGGAAAGCUGGUCCAAACAAAGGGCAAGGGUGCAUCUGGUUCGUUUAAACUGUCUGCAUCAGCCAAAAAAGAGCCGAAGCCAAAGGCUUCUCCUCUGGAGAAGAAAACCACAGCAGCAUCAGCAGCAGCAGCUAAAAAGAAUAAAUCAGCUACAGUUGACAAGAAGAAGCCAUCAAAGGUAGCCACCGCCAGCAAAAAGAGCGCUGAGAAAUCGAAGGCAGAUAAGGCAAAAGCAAAAGCAAAGGCAAAGGCAGUAGCAAAGGAUGCUAAGAAAACGGGUACAGUAAAGGCUAAACCCACCACAGCAGAUGCAAAAGCAAAGGCAAAGGCCAAACAAAGCGCAGCAAAGGCAAAGACGCCAAAGCCCAAGACACAAGCCACAAGUGCUAAGCCAAAGCAGGCAAAGGCAGUAGCAAAGCCAGCGACACCGAAAAAAGCUUCUGCCAAGAAGCCGAAGGCCGCCAAGAAAAAGAGAAAAAUGGCGCGUACUAAGCAGACUGCUCGUAAAUCGACGGGAGGCAAGGCUCCUCGCAAACAGUUGGCAACUAAGGCAGCACGUAAAAGUGCUCCAGCAACCGGUGGUGUGAAGAAACCUCAUCGCUAUCGUCCCGGUACAGUUGCACUGCGUGAAAUUCGUCGCUACCAGAAGAGCACAGAGUUGCUUAUCCGCAAGCUGCCGUUCCAGCGUUUAGUACGCGAAAUUGCUCAGGACUUCAAGACCGAUUUACGUUUCCAGAGUUCGGCUGUGAUGGCUCUGCAAGAAGCUAGCGAAGCCUACCUGGUUGGCCUAUUUGAAGACACGAACUUGUGUGCUAUCCAUGCUAAGCGUGUCACCAUCAUGCCCAAAGAUAUCCAACUGGCCAGACGCAUUCGUGGCGAACGUGCUUAAAUUGUAAAUUGUAAAGCAUCAAUUGUAACCAAAUCGGUCCUUUUCA